GGCGGCGGCGCUGAUUGGUCGGCUCCUGCAACAAGUCUCUGUGUAGCAAUGUACUUGCAACCAAAGAUCAUAUAGUGUAGCAACAUUGCUUGCAACAGUUGGUGCGGGAGCGACGGAGUGCGGAACACGGAAAGGAUACCACCAUGUCGAAGCCCAAGCUGUAUUACUUUAAUGGAAGAGGAAGAAUGGAGUCAGUUCGCUGGCUUUUGGCAGCUGCUGGUGUAGAGUUUGAUGAAGUAUUCCUUAAGACCAGGGAACAGUAUCAACAGCUACUGAAAGAUGGAGCUCUACUGUAUGAACAAGUCCCAAUGGUGGAAGUUGAUGGGAUGAAACUGGUGCAGACUAAUGCCAUACUGAAUUACCUUGCGGCAAAGCACAAUCUUUACGGAAAAGAUAUCAAAGAAAGAGCAUUGAUUGACAUGUACUCGGAGGGAGCAAAGGACCUGAUGACGUUUGUGAUGCGCCACCCAUUCCUCCCAGCCGCUGAGAAGGGCGGUAACCUGACCCAGAUGGAAAACAAGGCCAAAAACAGAUACUUCCCUGCAUUUGAGAAGAGCGUUAACCAACAAACUGGAUACAUGGUUGGGGACCAGCUGACUGUUGUUGAUCUUCAAGUUCUGGAGGCGAUCUUGAUGCUGGAAGAGAAGUUUCCACACAUCCUGGCGGACUUCUCUAUUCUGCAGAAGUUCAAAGCAAAGAUCAGCAGCAUCCCGAGCAUCCAGAAGUUCUUGCAACCGGGGAGUCCCAGGAAGCCACCACCAGAUGACCAUUACGUCCAGACGGCAAGAGAGGUCCUCAACUUCUGAAAGGCAAAGUUGUAGGAGGAGUUGCUUGCAUCUCAGAUGUUUGCAAAUGCUGUUUUAGAUUCUUAUCUCUGAAGCCAUAGAGAAUAUAUCAAAUAUACUUCACAGGUAAGGGGAGGGAGAUCACAAUAAAACUAAUGGAUCCAAUUAACAACUAAUAAGUAUUGUCACUCACCUGAGCAUUUGUUCUUGCACCCUGUGAGUUAUAAAGACAUGAAAAUGUAACAGAAACAGCAAAACAAAAACUGAGGAAAGUAAAAAAAAUAAAAAGCUUCAUUGUCAUUUCUGUACUUUGACAUUCAUUGGCAUCAUUUUGUGAUAUUAAAACAAAUGUAAACAACUUUGAACACUC